ACCUCUCCAGUGCAGGGCAGUGGCUAGUGUGAGGGAAAUCAUUAGCAAUGCAAAGUCAUGGUGCUCUGAUACUCUUGUUCACAGUCACAGAUGGAAAAAAAAAUCUGCUAAUGUCAACGUAAAUGUUUCUGGAUGUACUUUAUUCCAAAUCACAGCUGAAGACCCGGAACUAAAGAUGAACUGGGCAUCUUUUUAUGCAGUCAUCAGCGGUGUGAACAGACACUCCACAGGCAUUGGUCGAAUCUGGAUCUCUGUCCUGUUCAUUUUCCGAAUCCUGGUUCUAGUGGUUGCAGCCGAGAGCGUGUGGGGUGACGAGAAGUCCGGCUUCACCUGCAACACCCAACAGCCGGGCUGCAACAGUGUCUGCUAUGACCACUUCUUCCCCAUCUCCCACAUCCGCCUCUGGGCACUCCAGCUCAUCCUGGUCUCUACUCCUGCCCUGCUUGUAGCCAUGCACGUGGCCCACCGCCGCCACGUCGACAAGAGGCUCUACAAACUCUCAGGGCGGACCAACCCCAAAGAUCUGGAGCAGAUAAAGACUCAAAAGAUGAAAAUCACCGGGGCUCUCUGGUGGACAUACGUCAUUAGCCUGUUGUUCCGUAUUGUCUUAGAAGUGAUCUUUAUGUAUUUGUUUUAUAUGAUCUACCCUGGUUACAAGAUGAUCCGGCUGGUGAAGUGUGACUCGUACCCCUGUCCCAACACAGUGGACUGCUUCGUGUCGAGGCCUACAGAGAAGACUGUCUUCACUGUGUUCAUGUUGGCUGCGUCAGGGGUUUGUAUUCUGCUUAACAUUGCAGAGGUGGUGUUCUUGGUGGGGAAGGCCUGCAGUAAGCAUUUGCACACUGCUGGAGACUCGACUAUGGGGGCUUGGAUCCAAAAAAAGUUCUUCUCGUUCUAAUUAAACACGCAGAUUUCAUACUUGCACAUAGGGAGAUAUGUACGCGACAUUAGAUCCAGGCGGAAGCAAAUAAUAUAACUUGUGAGUACACCAGAUUUUGCUGAUUUAAAUCCAACUCUGUGUCAUGGCACUGUGGGCAGUUUGUGCAGAUGAAUAUUUUGUGGCUUCCCUGAAUGGCCAAAGCGCACGGAGCUCCCCGGCAGACCUCGGCUGCUCCAAGCUCCGUGCACAGGCGCCACACGGGGAAGCCAGAGUCAUUCAUCAUAUUACACUGCUCACACAAAGACGACACAGCGCUGGAUUCAAAUUGGCAAAGUAUCACUUUAAUCCUUCAAAGAAUUCCUGCAGGAACUACAGGCUACUGUAUCAACAUUAUCUGCCAUGAACUGAAAGACUGUAUACAAGAGCACUUUGUACUGAGAUAACAUAAUAAUAGCUAGAUGUUUGGCCAAAUGAAAAUCAAUUAAGUAACAUUUAAUGAAGCAAUAUUCCAAAUGACCGGAUU